AUGUUUGGAAAAACCUUAGGGGGUCAAUCGACCUUAGGAAUUCCGAGUGCAUCUACACCAACAUCAACGCCAGCCCCAGCAAUGAAUAACCAAUUACCACAAAAGACUAAUGGUCUGUUUGGUAAUGCUACUACAAAUUUUGGAACAUCAACUCCAAGUCCGUCAGGAACAUUCGGUAGUGCGGCCAGUCAAAAUAAACCUCCAAAUGGAGGAUUAUUUGGUAAUACCGCGCAAACUAGUAGUCAACCUUCCAACAAUCUGUUUGGCAAUUCAAAUACUGCCAAGGCCCCUCAGGGAAACACCACUGGAUCUUUAUUUGGAGCUACAGCCCCAGCAACCACAACUAACACAGGACUAUUUGGAAAUUCAAAUACUGCAGGUGGAUUGGGUUCAACCGGAGGUCUAUUCGGAAAUACAAAUAAGCCACCAGUAACAGGUGGUCUAUUUGGUAGUAAUAAUGCAGCACCACAGGUUGGGACUCAGACUGGAUCUCUCUUUGGAAAUUCAAAUACGAAUACAAAACCAGCUGGAGCUAGUCUAUUUGGAAACUCCUCCACCACUAAUGUGCAACCUACUGCCACAGGCCAAUUAGGUAAUCCAACGACCACUACAACUAAUGGUACGUUGUUCGGCGGUAAACCAGCUACAGCCAAUUUAAUGGGUGGCCAAAGCCUGUUCGGCAAUAAACCACAGGCUGGAAACGGACUAUUUGGUAAUUCCAUACAAGGAACUAAUAAUGUGUCUUCGAUUCCAUCCAAUACGGUCAAAUUCGAUAUGUCAAACAUGCCUAAGUCUAUCACACCAUCGGUACAAAAACAAGAACCUUCAACAAUGCAAACUCCUAGUACCCGUACGUCUUUCUCUCUGCCAUCGAAGAGCCGUUCUGAACAUCAAGUGUUACCAUCUAAUAUAUUUGGUAAAUUGAAUACAAGAUUGAAAUAUAUCAAAGAGAGUUCCACUAAAGGUAUAUUUUCUACCUCCUCUAAAGGUUGGUCACAUUUACCCUACAAUGGUAACAGAAUAGCUGACGAUAAGACCCUAUCGUUGAACAAGACUAAGGACAUGCAUAUGAAUAUAAUGUCAAUUAACUCACUAGAAGGUCAAGACAUUAAAAACUUACGUGUUCUAAAAAUCGAUCCUAACAGAAGUGCAGCUAAGAAACUAAAAUUACUACCGAAUAUUGCUGUACCUACACAACAAGUAGUUCAAUCAGUUGAUAAUUUGAAACAUGUGGUCACUACACAGCCUAAGGAAAACAAUUCAAUCGAUAAUAAUGAGAAUAUUGAAUUAGCUACCACUAAUGUGCCACUAUCCAGAGAAAGCAAAUCAAGCGUAGAAAACGUAGAGAACUCUUUCAAAGAUAUUGACCAGAUACCUAGUGAUUAUUGGUGCUCCCCAUCUCCAGAUGAGUUGAGGAAAUUGUCUUCAGAACAGUUAGCUUCUGUCUCUAACUUUAUUAUUGGCAGAAAAGGCUAUGGUACAAUAUCUUUCAAUUUUGAUGUCGAUUUGACUUCAGUGGCUAGAAAUAUCGAAACUCAGUUGUUUGGGAAAAUUGUAAACUUCAAUUCCUCUAAAACUGUAGAGGUUUAUCCUGACCAUAACACUAAACCAACUGUUGGGUACGGUCUCAAUAUACCCGCUACUAUCUCCAUCGAGGGUGUAUAUCCAAUUGAUAAGAAAACCAAAAAACCACAUGUAAAUUCCCAGAAAUCUUCCGAAAUCCAGCUAUUAAUCAGAAGAUUAAAAAACAUGAAAGGGAUGGAAUUUAUUUCAUAUAACCCAUUUGGAGGUAUUUGGACUUUCCGAGUUAAUCAUUUUAGUAUUUGGGGUUUAAUUGAUUCGGAGGAUGUAGAAAUAGACGAAGCUGAUCUAAAACAAGAAGAAAAAACAGAAGAAAAGAUACAGGAUGAUAGGAUGAUACAGACAAGGACUCUUGCGCAAUCCAAUUCGUCCAAUGUAAAACAAUCAUCUGAGAAUGAUACCCAAGCUAACCUAUUGGUAUUACAGGACAGAAGUUUUGGUGACCAAGAUUAUGAACUUGAUAAUACAGGGGAUAACGACCUUGUCGAAGAAAAAGCUUACGAACCGGAAGUGGAUGAAGAAGAUAUCGAAUUGAUGGAGGCCGAACCGUCUCUUGAAAUCACAGAUGAUUGGGUCGAACAGUUAAGAAUUGCUAGUGCCUCCAAUAAUUCUGUUUUUGUGAAGCGUUUUUCUCAAUCGAAGAUAGAGGAGAAUCCAAUGACACUACUCUUCUCAGAUUUUAACCAAAAUUUUGAAACGAUGAAGAAAAUAGUUAAGGAGAGAAGAAUGACCACAAAUUACACUUUUGCAAAAUUUGAUUCGCAUUCAAGGUUAUUGACUAAAAAUAUCAAUAAAACUUCUGGAACUCAAUUUUUAUCCUUGAAAUCAUCUCUUAAUGAAGAUGAAUUAAUCAUGAAAUCGUCACUACUUGAUCUUCACUUAAAAUCAGUUGAAAUCGAACAAAGAGAAACUAACCGUUACCCAACAAUUAAAAGCCAUACGCUACAUUUCACAGCAAUUUUGCCAUUAAUUCAUCAAUCGUCCCCUGAUUAUGAAGUAUGGAGAUUAUGUUCUAUUUUACAUGACGAAAUUGUACUACCCCAAGAAAUUAAAAAUGACGCCGUAAGAGGUACUUUAUGCAAAGAAUCAAGAUACAAGUCAUUAUGUAAUUGGGUAUUAGAUCAAAUUAAGGAAGAGGUGAAUUUUAAAAUUAAAGGUGCAUCGGAUCCUUUAGACAUGAUUUUCUAUUUCCUUUUUUUGAACGACAAUAUUAAUGCGUCUAAAGUGGCUAUUAGUUCGAACAACGCAUAUCUUUCAGUUAUCCUGUCAUUUUUAGGAUCCAAUGAUCCACGUGUUGCAGAGUUUGCAUCAAAUCAAUUAGAAGCUUGGGAAAUUUCAGGGCAUCAAGUUGAACCAAAAGUUAGAAGAAUAUAUGAAAUUCUUGGAGAAACAUUCUUCAAUUCUAAAACAUCGAUACUAAAAUUACUGGAGGAUUUCUCGUGGUUAGCUGUUUUUGGUCUUGGUCUAUUUUAUGGUAGAAUCGAUGAAAACUCCUUGGAGAAUCUUACACUUUCAUUGCUAGAGAAGAUCCCUCAUCCAAGUGAAGACCUUCGUUACGUCACAUUGCAACUAUUCAGUUGUGAAAAAAACACAGAACAAUUAUUCAAAACAUUGAAGUAUCAAAACCAACAAUUAGGAACUCAGUUUGCUUGGUAUUAUGUCCAGAUUUUGAAAUUUAGGGAUGCAAAAACAUUUUCCAAUGAUUACUGUGAUCUCUUGACAUUAGAUCUGAUGGAAGACUUAAGAAUAGAAGAACUUACUGAGCAAGCAUUAUUUGUGUCAUGCUUCCUAAAAAACGAUAGAGUAGCGUCACAACAGAUAUCUGACCUUGUUUCAAGAAAUAUAGUUACAUUCAUUCAAAACAAAAUACUCCUUGAGAGAUUACAAAUUCCAGAAAGCGUCGUAUAUUCUGCAGCUGCUGUUUUAGAUAAAUACAAUGGAAAUUAUUUAUCCCAACUUGAAAAUCUUUUAGAAGCUGGUUCCUUUAAGGAAGCAGAAACUGAAAUGAUGCUAAUCGUAGGCCCAAAGUUGGUAUUAAAAUACAAUGCACAACAUAAUACUGAAGUGCUUGAGACGCUAAGUACAUUCCUUAAGAAAUUUCCAAAAGAUAAAAUGGAUAACUGGAGAAACACAUUACAAGUUUACGAAGAGUUUGUAGACAUCAUACUGAAAAACAACCAAAAUAAUAAUAAAACCAAGAGCAUAGAGGACAGUUUGAAGCUAUUAAUGAGAUAUCACAAACACAAACUGGUUCCUGCAUGCUGCAACAUAAUAGAAAAGAAAUUAAAAGCUAUGCAGUUUUAA